AUGGAGCUGAGUCCACUCUCUGUGAUGCUCUUGCUGAUUUCACUUAUACCAGUGGCCCAUGCUCAAGCAAAACCCAAACCGACUGUGACAGUGAAUCCUCAGAGCUCCGUCUACACUGGAGACACCAUCACUCUGAGCUGUGAGCUGCAGCAGUUGACUGGAUGGAAGUUUCUCUGGUACAAAAACUAUCAGGUGUUACGGCUUCUGCACAACGAACAAGCACACACACAAGUGACAGUCGAUAAUGCAGGAGAAACAGUGUACAAGUGUCGCGCACGCAGGACAAACUACUACGACUACACCUAUUACUAUGACUACUACACAGAGCUCAGUGAUCCUGUCAAGAUUACAGCGAGAGAGAGACCACGGGCAGUACUGAGUGUAUCUCCACAGAGCUGGCUGACUGAAGGAGACUCAGUGACUCUAAGCUGUGAGGUUACAGACUCCUCUACAGACUGGACAUUCAGCUGGUACACAACUGUUCCCUACAGAGACGGCUUAACUCAAAUAAAAAAUAAUCGUGGCUAUAGCAUGUAUGUGGAGCUCCUCUCAGACAGCAGCAGAGGAUCUGGAGGCUCCUACACUCUCAGUCCUGCUGCUCUGAAUCACACAGGAGUUUAUGUGUGCAGAGGAGAGAGAGGAGAACCAGCCGUUCACACACAGUACAGCAUUCCACAGCCACUAUGGAUCACUGGUGAAUCUCCUCCAGUGUCUCUGAUCAUCAGUCCCAGCAGAACUCAACACUUUACUAAAGACUCUCUCUCACUGAGCUGUGAGGACCAGAGUAACUCUACUGGAUGGACAGUGAGACGAUACACACACAGUGAGGGAGUGUUAGAUUGUUCACGGUGGGGAUCAGUUACAGGAUCUACAUGUAACAUCAGCUUCCUCUCCACAUCACACACUGGAGUUUACUGGUGUGAGUCUGAAUCUGGAGAAAACAGUAAUCCUGUCAACAUCACAGUGCAUGAUGGUGAUGUGAUCCUGGAAAGUCCUGUCCAUCCUGUGUCUGAGGGACAUCCUCUGACUCUACGCUGUUUAUAUCGCAACACAAAGCCCUCAAACCUCCGAGCUGAUUUCUAUAAAGAUGGAUCAGUUCUCCAGACACAGACUACAGGAGAGAUGAUCAUUCGAACUGUCUCAAAGUCAGAUGAAGGUUUCUACCACUGUAAACACCCAGCGAGAGGAGAGUCACUGAAAAGCUGGCUCUCAGUCAGACGUUCUAGAUCUGGUGGUGGAACAGUAGGAGUGGCUGUGGGUUUGGGAUUUUUGUUCAUCGCUUUACUGAUCUUAAUGAUCCUGCUGUGGUCCUACAAAAGAAAAAAAGAUCUUCAGAAAACCAAUCAGACAUCAGAGCAGAAUCAGAGCCGGUCAGGAGCUGAAGACUCUCAGUCAGGACACACACCACUUCAGGCUGGUGAAGCUGCAGCUGAGAGUGAAGUCACUUACGCACAGGUCAUGAAGAAAAAGAAGACAAACAGGAACAAUGCUCGUGUUAGUGAUGUGACUUAUGCUGAGAUUGAACUAAAACCAAUGAAAAAUGAAAAGAGAAUAAAAGAAAAGGCCAGUGUGGGUGAUGAUACUGUCUACUCAGAGGUGAAGCACAACAUGGAGGUAAGACUCAUGACAUUUACAAAACCUACCAUCAGCACUUGCGGCCGACCUCUGUUCCUGCUGGGGAAUCACAGACGGAGACCUACCACCGCCUAUGGAACCUCUAUAGAUGAUGGGCUCACUGCCAUGGACAUCCUGGGGCCACUUGAAAGAUGUAGUGUGGGCUAUCAGUACAUCCUUGUGGUCAGCGAUUAUUAUACCCCAAAGCCUUCCCACUGUGAGCCAUCACCAUACUCAAGAUCAGCCAAGCCCUCAUCCACCUGUUCUCCAGGGUAG